GCACAAGCACUUCCGGCGGAGCUUGGCUGCCAUGCGCAUGCGCUUCCAGGUAGCACGUGGUUACAGGCACAGCUUAUCUGCCGGCCUCGAGCGAGGUAACGUGGGAUACUCCGCAGGGAUUUCUGUACUACAGCGCGAUGGCGUCUCGCUAUGACCGGGCGAUCACAGUCUUCUCCCCUGAUGGACACCUGUUCCAAGUGGAAUAUGCCCAGGAAGCCGUGAAGAAAGGGUCCACAGCGGUUGCAAUUCGAGGUACUGAUAUAGUUGUGCUCGGGGUUGAAAAAAAAUCCGUUGCCAAGCUUCAAGAUGAAAGAACUGUGAGAAAAAUUUGUGCCCUUGAUGACCAUGUCUGCAUGGCUUUUGCAGGACUGACUGCUGAUGCAAGAGUAGUAAUAAAUAGGGCCCGUGUGGAGUGCCAGAGUCAUAAGCUUACUGUUGAGGACCCAGUCACUGUAGAAUAUAUAACUCGCUUCAUAGCAACCUUAAAGCAGAAAUAUACUCAGAGCAAUGGACGAAGACCUUUUGGUAUUUCUGCCUUAAUUGUAGGUUUUGAUGAUGAUGGUAUCCCAAGAUUAUAUCAGACUGAUCCCUCUGGUACUUAUCAUGCUUGGAAGGCAAAUGCAAUAGGUCGAAGUGCUAAAACUGUCCGAGAAUUUCUAGAAAAGAAUUACACAGAAGAUGCUAUAGCCAACGACAAUGAAGCUAUCAAAUUAGCAAUAAGAGCAUUGCUGGAAGUUGUCCAGUCUGGUGGAAAAAACAUCGAACUUGCUAUAAUAAGAAGAAACCAACCUUUGAAAAUGUUUAGUGCCAAAGAAAUUGAAUUACAAGUAAAUGAAAUAGAAAAGGAAAAGGAAGAAGCAGAGAAGAAAAAAUCAAAGAAGACUGCGUAAUUCUUAGGAUAAACAAUGAGAGCUUUUUAAUAUUUUGUUGCACUCCUUAGAAUUAUUUAGUGAAAUUUUAAAGGAAAUAAGUUAAUUGCAGCAUUACAUUGAGUAGUUCCAUAUAGAGAAUGCCAAAUUUGUGGCUAUCUUCAGUCAAUAUAAAUGGGCAAACAUACAUUAAUAUGAAGAUUUUCUUUGAAAGGAGAGUUUAGUAAUUGUUGAAAGCAUCCAUGAUUUUACAUAAGCCUGAGACUAUUCUUUAUAAUUUGCUCAGUAUGUUACUUUUUUCAUAUAUACACAUUUAAUAAAAAAUUUUAGUUAAUAAUUUGGUGCCAUUUGAGCAUUGAGUGUCAAGUAGAGAUAGCUAUUCCAAAAUAAACUGCAUGUAAUAUUGAGUUG